AUGCAAGCAAGGUUUCCUUCGGUCUUCGAUUGCGAUGACCAGUAUCCAUGGGGCGCUGUUCACCCUGAAUUGCCGGAAGACUUUGAUACCCUCUCACAGACGGAAAAAGAGCUGGCUAGAGACAAACUUGCCAGGCUUCGAUUGAAGAAAUUCUACGAAUUAGCUUCAAGGAAAUUCGACCCGCUUCUCGUCAAGGCCAUGGAUGUGAUGAGAAAUGACGAUGACCCUACAACCUUCAUUUUCCAUACUGUCGGACAGUCCUCCCUCGAUGGACCGAUCCCGCUCAAAGAACUUCUUAUCCAGGUGUAUGAGAAAUGGGACCAAAUAGCGAAGCGGAGAGGUUUGAAGAUACCAUGCCCAAUUCCAUUUUCGCAAGAAGAAAUCGAAGAAAGUCGUCAGCAGGCGGCUGCAUGGGCGGAUGCGUAUACAGAGCUUGACACUACGAACGCUAGUCAUGGGUAA